AUGAAGUUGACAGCUUCAUUUGCACACUCAAGAUGCUACCCUUUCCGCCGCUUAGCAGUUCCAUACCGUACUCGCAGACAAUUCAGCACCGCAACGAUCCAUCUCAACAAGGAUGAUUCCGCCAAUGUAUGGACAUUGACCCAAGAGGAUGUAUCACACUACUGGAAAGGCUACCUCGCCACACGUCCCAAAUACACAGACACAUUCUACAACCUUAUCUACGACUACCAUGCCUCACACUCACAAUCAAGCCUACCCCCAUUCUCCGUCGCCCACGAUGUCGGUGCUGGACCGGGCCAAGUCUCCGCGAAACUCGCCCAGAGAUUCUCCCACGUCGUCGUGAGCGACAAUAACGAGAACCAUGUCAAUUAUGCUAAGCACUUCCUUUCAACAACCAGUGUGCCACCAUCCCGAUUCUCCUUCGCCGUCGCAAAAGGCGAAGAUCUGGGGUGCAAGUACCCACCCGCCUCCGCUGACCUAGUCGUCAGUGCACUCAUGUUCCCGCUCAUGGAUACUAUGUCUGCGCUGCGAAGCUUCCAUACUCUCUUAAAGCCUGGCGGGACUCUGGCUGUGUGGUUUUAUGGACGUGCACACUUCGCCGAGCUAGAGUAUGCGGGAUUGUGUCAACCACUCUUAGACAGGAUAAUCAAUCAUCAUUUCUCAGGUGUGAUUACCGGAGGAAGCCCGGAGCACACGGCGGGAUGGAAGCAUGUGGCGGAUGGCAUAGCCAGUUGGUUGGAUUAUAUCCCCUUCGCGGAAGAGAACUGGGGGUUUGUUGAGCGACAUAAGUGGAAUACCAAAUGGACUAGUUUGGGGUUCUUUGGUAAUGAGGCAUGCGAUUUUUCCGUGGAGCCGAGGAGUAGUGUCACGGACACGGAGACGGUUAUUGAGAGGGACGAUAGGAGUCUCUGGAGGAAGGACUGGGAUGUGGGCCAACUUCGUGAGUUCGUUAGGUAUAUUUACCCUUUCCAGGGGAUGGAGGAGGAAUAUGUGAAGCCGCUGUGGGCGCAGUUGGAGAGAGAAAUGGGCGGGUUGCACGCUAGGCGGGCAUUCUCGUGGCCAGUGGUUUUGAUUUUGGCGACGAGGAAGUGA